AUGGAUGAAAAUCAAAAAAAAAUAACUCCGCACAAAAUCCGUAAUUUUUCGAUUAUUGCUCAUAUCGACCAUGGUAAAUCAACCUUAGCGGACCGUUUAUUAGAAAAAACCAACUUAAAAAACAGCAAUAAAUCUUUUGAAAGAAUACUGGAUAGCCUUUCCUUAGAACAGGAAAAAGGCAUUACCAUUAAACUAAAUGCGGUUCAAUUAUACUAUCCUCCGGAAAGCUCCGAACCUUACAUUUUUAAUUUAAUUGAUACACCCGGGCAUGUGGAUUUUAUGUAUGAGGUUUCCCGUUCCUUGGCCGCUUGCGAAGGAGUAAUAUUAUUGGUGGAUGCGGUAAAAGGUAUUCAAGCUCAAACUCUCGCUUAUUACGAAAUUGCUAAAAAACUUAACUUGAAAAUUCUGCCGGUAAUUAAUAAAAUUGACUUACCACACGCUCAAUUAGAGACCAUUAAAAACCAACUUAUUGAACUACUUAAUUGUCAGGGGAGUGAUAUUUGUUUAAUUUCGGCUAAAACUGGCAAAAAUAUUGAUUUCCUUUCCUUUCAGACUAAUGAAUCCACGGUAGGAAAAACUCAUUUCAUAGGAGGACACAAACAUUUAUGUUGUAGUUAUAUCAGGAGUGGUUUCGCUCCUCUCAACCAUCCAUUUCCUCACUUACUGGUUCCCGGCGAUAAUUCAAUUUUAACUAAUAGCAUUAUCAAUAACCCAGACGGUGGCGAUUUUUUCACCAUUCCUUUUUCGGAUUUGAAAUUUUGCCCUUCUUUUCUAAAAAAAGGCUCCCCCAUCCAAGAUGCCUUUUUGGUUAAAAAUACCAACCGGGUGAAAAAAAUAACUGAAAAGGAACUUGGUUCUUUCCAAAUUAUUACUUUUAAGGUGCUGAACCAAAAGAAAAUUAAAGAAUCUGCUCCGGGGACUUAUCGACAAGAACUAGAAAUUGAGCCUUUUUCCCUGGGGAUUGAGGGAUUGCCAGAAAUUUCGAAAAUUAUUUUUUCUUUCGGCUAUGGCCAGUCCCUCGAAAGCACCCCCGAUUCAUUAAUGAAAACUAAAUUGUAUAACAGUGAUAUUGAUAAUAAGAGCGACAGUGUUUUAACUUUCUCCGGUUCGAACGAAUUUGAUGUAGAUAAAAAUAAUAAUUGGCGGAGUGAUAGUAAUUUUGGUCGUUUUAGUAUUAACUAUUGGCUUUCUGGUGGUGAAAAAGAGAAAAAAAACAUAUUAAAAAUAAAAAUGAAACAAGAACCAUUAAAAGCCUUAAUUUUUGAUCUGCUUUAUAACCGCUAUUAUGGGGUUAUUAUUUAUGUCCGUAUUUUUGAAGGAGAAUUGACCAAAGGACAAAAAAUUAAGUUCUAUACUAAUCAACAAAAAGUUUAUCAAGUCGAAAGAGUGGGAGUAAAAACCCCGAAAGAGACCUUAAAAGACAAGUUAAUUGCAGGAGAAAUUGACAACCAUAUUUCGCCCUUAGAAGGUUAUCAAGAAAUAAAUCCUAAUGUUUACUCUAAUUUAUACCCCAGUGAUAGUUCUCAUUAUAAAGAGUUUAAAAAAUCUUUGGAAGAAUUACAAAUCCAAGAUAGCAGUUUAAGUUUAGAGGCAAUUGACUCCCAACUACUUGGCCCUGGCUUCCGUUGUGGUUUUUUGGGUUUAUUGCAUCGGGAAAUCAUUUGCGAAAGACUACAAAAGGAAUUCAAUUGCGAAAUCAUUACCACUCCACCCAGCAUUACUUACCGAGUUAUUUUUUCUAAUGGUGAGAUUUUGGAAACUAAUAACCCCCAGAAAAUACCGACUAAGGACAAAAUUAAAAAUAUUGAAGAGUUAAUUAUUAAUUUGGAAAUUACGACACCCCAGGAGCAUUUAGGAGACAUUUCCCAAUUGUGCCAAAAUAAACGAGUUCAUCGUAAUUUUGCUCAUGGACGAGCCAAAUUAAUUUGUGAAAGCCUAAAAAAAACCCUUAAUCAGCAAACUUUUACGGUGCCAAUCCAAGCCUGUAUCGGCAAUCAAGUAAUCGCUCGGGAAACUUUAUCUGCUUUGAAAAAAAAUGUUAUAUCCAGAAUCCAUGGCGGAGGGAGUGAUUUGACAUUUGGAUACAAAGACUGCGACCAAAUGAUUAGGGGUAAACCUUAUCAUGCCGACAUUGAUAAAAAGCGAAUGAGGACUGAAAUAACUAUGUUAAAAAUUUACCUGAUGCCAGCAACUAAAAAUAAAGCAUAUGACAAGCCUAAUAAUAGAAC